GUCCUUUCUACUUUCUACUCCUUAAUCUCCACCAUAAUCGGUCUCUUAUUCUGUCUAGAAGCGGAGAGCCUCAGUGAAUCAGCAGAGACCCAGACUGACAGAGAUGACUACAUCUGCAGCCGAACUACAGGAGAGCUACAACCAGCAGGGCUUCCUCUCAGCGCUGCCUAUACUGAAUGAGACGGAGCUGAGGGAGGCCAGAGAGGCCUUUUCUCUGUUGGAGAAGGAAUUAGGUGAAGAGUACACUCAGUACAGCCUCCACAAUGUUCACCUCCAAUAUCCGUGGGUGAUGGGUCUGGCCAAACACCCCCGCCUCCUGCAAGUAGUCACAGCUGUCCUGGGCCCUGACGUGAUCCUGCUGGACUCCCGCUUCAUCUGUAAAUACCCAGCGCUCAAAGCAGCCGACAUCCAGGGGAAGGAAGAGAACCAAACCAAAGCGGAGGUGAAUGUUGGAGACGGUGGACUUCCAUACGUAGCGUGGCAUCAGGACAUGAGGUACUGGGGGAUUGAUGGAGGCCCUGUUCUCUCUGUGUGGCUGGCUUUAGAUGACUCCCAAAAAGAAAACGGAGCCCUUCAGGUCAUCCCAGGAAGCCACUGCUCUGGCAUGUUGCCCCAUCGCCUCGCCAGCCGCCCUGGAAACAUGCUGUCAGUCAACCAGGAGAUCCCAGAGGAGCUGGUGCAGGCAGAUCAAGCUGUGCUUUGCCCUCUGUUAGCUGGACAGAUGUCUGUUCAUGAUGGACUCCUCGUCCAUGCAAGUGACCCAAACACCUCCCAGAAGAGGCGCUGUGGGUUUGUGAUCCGAUACGUUCCCACCUGUGCGUACCCCAGUGAGGAUCCUGAUCGCCCCAGGAAAUUCCAUGCAGCAAUGUUGGUUUGUGGAACGGACCAGUUCAAUCACUUCUCCAGCAAGAGCACAUGAAUGCUGACUGGAGUCUUGCAGGAACAAUCGAUGUUAUACAUACUUUGAAAUGAAGGAACAUGUGUAUUAUUUGCUUAUUAAUCCAUUUAUUGCAUCAUAUUGAACUGCUGUAAUGAACUGUUGAUUUGAUGGGUACAUUUUGUUGUGUCAUAUAAAGAUUGAAGUGGACUGUUUUAUGAACAUACUUUGAAAUGAGGGAACAUGUGUAUUCUUAUGCUUAUGAAAUUAAUUUAUUAAAAAUACAUUUAUUGCAUCAUA